AUGUCGUUUGUGACAAAAACCAUAGUGGGCAGCUUAAUCCCGAAUAAAAGAGAUGAUGAUAUGCCUGCUGCUACCACAGAAAAGGCUUCCAAGUCGGGAGACAUGCCUUCGAUGUCUUCUGGAGGUAUGCCUUCGAUCUCGUCCUCAAGUGAGCUGUUUUCAACUCCCUCGGUGACGGUUCCCCCCAGUAAUCAUAAUCCAUACAUCCACAGGGAAACCCGACUCACAGGUACGGUUUUCAUUGCAGUUGGCAGUGUUGUGGGUGCCAUAAUAUUAGCAUUUGUUUUGUUUCACCUCAUAAGAUCGAUUCGUGCCUCGAUGUUAGCGAAAAAGUCAUUCAGAAAUGAGAAGACCAUGUAUGAGAGGUACGACCGAAACAAUCAUAUGUUCAGAAAUUCUGUGGGCUCCUCGAGCACGCAAUUGCUCAACAACGAGUAUCAUGGCUCCGUGACGAAGAUUCCACUAAUGUCGACAAAAUCGAUCUAUGAUGGGGACGCCUCCACGCUUCACAUGUCAGAGACACCUUACGCUACAUCACACCACGAUCUCACGAGUAUGUUCGUAUCUCCAACUAAAGAGGUGAUGACUCAUGGCAGGAGCCGUUCUGUGACGAAUAUUCUCGGAGGCACGAACCUCUCUUUGCGUAACAACGAGCCAACGCCGGCCAUCAACAGGCACUCGCAAGUGAUCCCCAACAUGUACUUGAGUCCUGGCUUUAACAACAGUGAGUACUCUUUGCUGGACCAUGUCGGUGAAGGCGGCAAUUCAGGUAAGUCCUCGUCCAACUCUCCCGAUAACAGUCCAAACCCUAGGGCCAAGAGGAAGACAAUUCCAAGUACUUACUUGGAGGAUCUCAUUGACAAGUAA